AUGUGGGCGAUCCUACUCAAAAGUCGGCAGCGUCUGGAUGCGGUCUUGCAACAGUUUCUGUUAUGCGUGUGCUUUCUCUAGAUUUUGAUUCUCAUUAUAUCACAACUCGUUUUCAUCGGUGUGCGUGUGGGUCCCUGUCGGUAGUACAGAAACAGACGUUGAUACAAGUUCAAAUUGAAAUUAUUAUCUUCUGUUGACAUUAUUUUGAAUCAUUGUCCUUUUUCAUUUUAUCUCAUUAAUAUACUCAUGUGUUCUAAGACUCUUUGAGAACUGGAGUGCGCUGUAUCGCACGCCGUGGCCUGUGGUGCAUUUGGCCUACAAGGCAUUGGUUUUUACGGCAGCUGUUGGCAGUUUCGAGUACGGUUCAAUUCCUGUGCCCUACAAGGAUCCAGAUCUCUUGCAUAGUUGGAAAAAUGGACCACACGUAGACGUAUUGCGAUUUUCGCCAGUAGCUUUGGUCGGUUAUGCCACAGAGAAAUGCUUCAGGGACGAAGCACACUUCUCCGGUAUCCAAGAAUUGCGUUUGUCAUCACCGAAGUCCGUAUUUUUCGAAGUAUCGACUGGAACAUCUAGCUCGUCGUGGCCCGCUUCAUCUGCCCAAGAAGGAUCGCCCCAGUCUCAACUAUCAUCAUCAACAUCAGAAGCUGCAACUCGAGCACACAGGAGCUCUUCCACGAGGAGUGAGAAACAAUACACACAAGCCGUGUCUCGGUAUUUGUUGCGUUUCUUUUCCAAGCACUCGCGAUCAAAAAAGCCUCUGCCUGGGAGUGGGUCUGCUUCCCGCUCCAAAUCUAGUACAGACACCAGAAGCGUUGAGGUUGACCUGAUUGAUCACCAAGGGGGCCUCGAGUUGUCAGGGAGCAGUAAUGCCUUCGAUGAAGUGAGGCUUAUGGGACAGGAGGAUUACGCGCUAAAAAAGGCGCAAGAGCUGCACGCAGAUUUUGAAAAAAGAGGUGGAG